UUUCCCAUAAUACCUUCGUAAAGGGCAGGUUUCAAUUGCACGUCUGUUUUACAUGGCUGCCCUCACAACAAUUAGUGAAUUGUAUGCAGUAGAGAACGCGUUAGUUAACCAUUUUGAUUUUGUAGGUAUUUCUUUAAUAAUAGAGAACAUCUUGUUUUAGCGGGGAUGCCGAAAUAUUAUGAAGAUAAAGAGGACGACAAUAAAGCGUGCUCCGGCGUAAGAGAGGAUUUGAAGUCGUGUUUGCUUCAACAUGAUUGCGUUCUCAAGGAAGGGAAGAGUCCGAGAGAGUGCUUAAAGGGAGGAGUAUGUAAAGCGUUACAAGUUUCUUUUUUUGAAUGUAAAAGAUCAAUGCUGGAUAACAGAUCAAGAUUCAGAGGAAGAAAGGGUUAUUGAAAUGUACGUACAUCAGAGGAACAUGGAAAAUGUGAUAUUCAUGAACCCUAGUUCCACACAACUAUGACUGUAUAUAAUAAAGACCUGGAGUAACAACUUGAUUGUCUGAAUAGUUACCAUAACAUGUUUUAUAUGAAUAUUCACUGUUAAUACAUGUUGUUCCAAUUAUUAAUUUGUAUUGCAUGCCAUAUUCUUUAAAAUUGAAUUGCUGGUGACAAAUGCCAGUCUGUAACCUUUAGUCUAUAAACAGCUUGUAAAAGUGAAAAACCCAUAAAGAAAUGGAAAUGUCUUUAGAAAUUAAUCAGAAGCUGUGGAUUUUGCAAUUAAAGAAGAGCCAUUACGUGA